AAGUUCCCACCCUCUAGGACCCUUUAUAAUAAGCUUAUUAACCCUCUCAUAUUUCAUCAUCUUUCUCCGAUUUAACGCUCUUAUGCUCUGCAUUAUGAUUUAUAUGGGGUGACGGAGGAAUCGUACCAUUUGAGCCUUUUGUUACUUGUUUUUCCUAGAUUUCCAGAGAAAUCUGCAACCAAUACGAUUUUCUUCCUAGUUCUCUCUUUUGAAAAGCAAAGCGUUGAAAAUUCUUUUUCCUUUCCGCAAUGAAAAUGGCAUCUUGUAACAGUUAUAUUUUCGUGUCGCUCAUUUUUCAUGUAAUAUGGCUGAUUUGUUCAACCCAAUUAUUGGCAUCUGGAAAGGGGGACAAAAAUUAUGUCCAAGAGGCCUGCAGUGUGACCAGGUAUCGGGAUGUUUGCAUCCACUCGCUCGCACCGUUUUCGAGCUCAGCCAAGAACAGCCCCAGCAGGUGGGCACGAGCCGGGGUUUCAGUUUCGUUGAGCGAGGCCGAGAGUGCCACUCGGUACUUGGUAACUCUGAAAACGCACGGGGGUGGUUUGAACGGGAGAAACACAGUUGCUUUGUCCGACUGCAUUGAGUGCUUUCAGAAUGCGAUCGACGAGCUUCACAAAUCACUCGGUGUUUUGAGGACGCUGACUAAGAUGACAUUCGACACGAAAAUGGCGGACCUGAAUACCUGGCUCAGUGCUGCCCUAACUGAUGGAGAUACUUGCUUGGAUGGCUUUGAGGGCCAGAAAGGAAAACCAGUCAAAUUGCUACAAGACAGGGUUUUAAAAGUUACCUAUAUCACCAGUAAUGCACUGGCCCUUGUUAACAAACUUGCAACUACUGACUUGGGAAGCCUUCCUAAUUUGUAGGAAGAUAACAUUAUCAAUAAUGUUAUUCUUACCAUAUUUUUGUACCACAAUUCUAUAUCACCGUAGAUGACAUCUGAUAUAGACAGUCAUAUCAUCUUAAU